AUGUCGCAGUCACAAGGGCCAGCGACAAAGACGAGUAGUACUGCGCUAGAAGCGCUCCAGGCCGCGGCGAGAUCGGGGCAGGUCUCGGCGCUGCAGGAGGUAAAGGCGGAUGCCGUCUUGUUGGACGAGGCACAUGCUCUUCCGGAGCUGCUGCGUCUCUGUGGUUCGAUUGAGCUAGGGCACAAGCUUGCGUUGAUGAACGCGGCGUGGAAGCUGCUGCUUUCUGUUUCCUCACUCACGACCAUUAGCGCCCCGGUGUACGGCAGGGUCCUGCACUUCAUGCUCUCCCAGCUGCAACAGCGCGUCUUUUCCCACGACUGGUUGGAUGGGAAAAAGAUAAAAGUAGCUUCUUUUGUGGCCUCGCACGUGGUUUCGGCGGUGCGGGCGCAUCCUUACUUCGCCACCCGGGACGAGGGUCUGGUUGAGACGGUUGUGGGACUUCACGCGGUUGUUUGCCUGACAGUUGCAACGAGUGAAAACGCUGAGGCGGCGCGGCAGCUGCACCAGAGCAUCGUUGUCCGCCUGCUGGCCAUUUUAGAGGCGAUGGGGUCCUCCUGCACCUCGGCCUCCCCGCUCGCCGCGGAGGUGCAUGCGAGAUUGCUCCUGCAGUGCCUGGCCGACCCACCGCCGGCUGCGGCGGAGGAGUUGCCGCCGGCGGCAGUCGCUGCUGGCUCCUCUGUGGCGGCAUUGGCUGCAAUGUUGGCCGCGACCCGCUCCUUCCAGCUCUGCGACGGGGCCUAUGUGGAGCGACUCCUGGCCGCUGCCCUCCUGUGGCUGCCGGAUAUGUCGCUUGUGCUCGCCGAGGCGGCAACCCAGGGGGAGGCGGCAGAGGCCGCCGCAACACCGCUGAUGGCAACGGCGGUGCUGCCUGCGGAGGAUACUGCCGCAGCUCUGGGCCACUGUGUCGUGCGACACGCACGGAACCUUCCGCGCGCUCUGUUCUUUGUGGAGCACGACGGCGCGGAGACCGCCGCGUCCGCAGGCGAGGUGAACCUCACCGCGCAGCUGCUCCUGCUCCUGCGAAGCCUGGCGUGCCGGGCCGUGGAUGCCGUACGCGGGGCGGCGUGGUGCGGGCAGGAGGGGUCUCCAGGCGGUGGCUCGCUGCUGCGCUGCCGUGUGUUUGGUUUGCUAAUGUCGGCACUGCUGGUCCCGAACGACGCCAGCGCCGCCUGCGUCCUGCUGCUGUGGGAGGCGGUGCUCAACCGGCUGUCCAACGCCGAUCGGGAGGGGCUUGCGGUGGAGUUGCUGCUGCUUGGCGAGGAGCAGCACCGCGCCCUGCAGGGGCUUCCGGCAGACGCGCGCGACAGGGCGGCCUGCUUGCGACGCCUGCUGAACGCCCUGGCCGCGCUGCUGGCGGAGCUCUGCAGGCGGCGGCAGCGUCCACCAAGGUUGCUUCUCGCGGCGUCUGCGGAAACUUCGGCGGUGCCCCUCCUCGCGUCAACCUCCGUUUCAUUUUGUGCCCUGGUGGAGGCGCUGUACCAACACUCGCGCGUCUACCAGUGGUGGGGCGAGCAGGUGGCCGCAGACGCGGAGGCGCCGGACGGCACGGAGGAGGCGGCAAAACGGCUUCAAGACGAGCUCCAGGCUGCGCUCGCGGAGUGGCAGCGUCACGCGCCUUUGCGGACCAACGACGACGCGGCAGCGCGGCUGUGCGUUGCACUUGCCUCUGCCCCUGGGAAGCUGCAUGACAUGCUCGAGCGGGCGACCUCGCCGCACAGCAUCACGGCCGCCCUACUGAGCGCCACGCGAGUCCUUCAACGCGUCGCGGAGGAUGCGAACACCCCUCCUGCCAUCUGCGUCUGCACACGCUUUGCGGCGGCGGAGCUCGUUGCGGUGACGGGGUCUGUGCUCUCUGAAGACCCGACCUUUUUGGCCUGCGUGCGCCGCCUUGUGGACAUCAGCUUCGCCCUGACCGAGGACGGUAAGGAGACGCAGACGGAUGGGAUGCUGCGGUACCACGCCGCUGUGUCUCUGCGCAACUUCGCACAGCGCAAUACGGUGGUGCCGCUGGGCACACUGCGGCUCUCUGAGGCAGUCACGGCCGCGCUGCGCACACUGCUGCAGGGAGCUGCCGCCGCCGCCGCCGCCGCCGCCGCCGCCGCCGACGCCGACGCCGGCCUGCGUGAGUGUGAAGGUCUCUUGGCCCAACGCGUGGCGGAGUGGCAGCGUUGCCUGUCGCACUGCGUUCCGACAGCAGCGAGCAGUCAGUCUGUAGGCGCUUUUAUUGACGCUGCGCCGCACGCCUCUCCCAGCUCCUCACAAAGUGGGGCGGGCGGCCACGGGGGCCAGUUUAUGGCCUCGCUGCAGCGCGGCGAGGAGACGAUGCGGUCGGUGUUGCAGUGGCUGCGGGCGGGGUGUGCCCUGCAGCCGUCCGAGGAGGAGGCGCUGUUGCGGCUGGAGCAGCUUGUGUGCGCCGCGGCGAACAUGACACGCCACAGUCCCAGCAGCAAUGGGGACGUGGUCUGCUCCUCGGCUGAACUGACGGCGGGAGCAACGCAGGCGGCAGGGUUGAGUCCAGAGAUAAUCCACGUGGAUUAG